GCGCCUUUUCCUUCCGGGGGUACCGAGGAAAAGCGUUUUUUGAAUGUGAGGAUGGAAGUGAAAGUAUUUUGGAGGCGCUGGUUUGUUUCUUGGUUAACUGUGACUCUCAGGGUGUAGAGAGGGCCUGUGCGUCCUAGUCUGCCGGGCCGGGAAAGGUAAUCGACGUUGAACGUCUCUCUGCGGGAGAGCGAGACGGUGUCGGCGGCCGACCCGAAGAGGAAGCCCAGGAUAAUCAGGCAGUGUGGCCGCGGCCGGAUCUUUGGGCCGCUACCUGAUGUACUAUGCUUUCUUGUGAUAUUUGUGGUGAAACAGUAACCUCAGAACCAGACAUGAAGGCUCACCUGCUAAUUGUUCACAUGGAAAAUGAAGUUAUAUGUCCAUUUUGCAAGUUGUCAGGUGUGAAUUAUGAUGAAAUGUGUUUUCAUAUUGAAACUGCUCAUUUUGAGCAAAAUGAACUAGAAAGAAGCUUUGCAAGGAUCAAUACAAUACAGAUUAGAACUUCAGAUAACAGGAAGGACAAUACCUUACAGUGUAGAAUGGAAGUUAAUUCUAGUGUCCAUUCAGCUUGUGCAUCUAAUCACCCAAAAAUUUCAGCGCAAAGCCUGCCUAAUGAUGGUACUUUAGAACAUAAAACCUUUUAUUCGGAGAACUUAACUGAAUCCAGAAAAUUCCUUAAAAGUAAGGAAAAAGAAUGUGACCCAUCUAAAAUAAAAGGAUCAAUUUAUGAAACAACGUAUAGUUCUCCCGAAUGUCCGUUCUGCGGAAGAAUAGAAGAUUGUAGUGAAGAUAUGGAAAAUCAUGUGAAAACAAAGCAUGCUGAUCUUUUAGACACUCCAUCAGAAGACCGUGAUCAACCUCUGUAUGACUGUCCUAUGUGUGGGCUCAUCUGUACAAAUUACCCUAUUCUCCAGGAACACGUUGACUUACAUUUGGAAGAAAGCAGCUUUGGACACGGCAUAGACAAAGUCCAGUGUUCUAGAGAUCUAGAGUUGGCUCACCAGCUUCAACAAGAAGAAGACAGAAAGAGGAGAUCUGAGGAAUCACGACAAGAAAUGGGAGAAUUUCAGAAGCUGCAGAGACAAUAUGGCUUAGAUAAUUCUGGAGGAUACAAACAACAGCAACUACGAAAUAUGGAAAUAGAAGUCAAUAGGGGAAGAAUGCAUCCAUCUGAAUUUCACAGAAGAAAAGCUGACAUGAUGGAAUCGCUAGCUAUUGGUAUUGAUGAUGGAAAAACAAAAACUUCUGGAAUUAUUGAAGCACUUUAUAGAUAUUAUCAGAAUGCUGCUACAGAUGUGAGGCGCGUUUGGCUUUCCACGGGGGUGGAUCACUUUCAUUCAUCUUUUGGUGACAAAGGUUGGGGUUGUGGUUAUAGAAAUUUCCAGAUGCUACUUUCAUCAUUACUACAAAAUGAUGCCUAUGACGAUUGCCUGAAAGGUAUGUCAAUUCCUUGCAUUCCAAAAAUUCAGUCUAUGAUUGAAGAUGCAUGGAAGGAAGGUUUUGAUCCUCAGGGUGCCUCUCAACUUAAUAACAGGUUACAGGGAACGAAGGCCUGGAUCGGAGCAUGUGAAGUAUACACACUCCUGACCUCUCUAAGGGUAAAGUGCCACAUAGUUGAUUUUCAUAAGUCAACUGGUCCUUUGGGUACACAUCCUCGUUUAUUUGAAUGGAUAUUGAACUAUUAUUCUUCAGACCGAGAAGGGAGUCCAAAAGUAAUGUGUACAUCUAAACCUCCAAUCUAUCUUCAGCAUCAAGGUCAUAGUCGCACAGUUGUUGGAAUUGAAGAAAGAAAAAACAGAACAUUAUGUUUACUAAUAUUUGAUCCUGGAUGUCCUUCUCGAGAAAUGCAGAAACUGUUAAAGCAAGAUAUGGAGGCUAGCAAUCUCAAGCAACUUCGGAAAUUUGUGGGAAAUUUAAAACAUAAGCAAUACCAGAUAGUGGCAGUAGAGGGUGUCCUUUCUUCAGAGGAGAAAGUUGCCAGGAGACAAGCUUCUCAAGUCUUCACAGCUGAGAAGAUUCCUUGAAGAAUUAAGCAUUUCAAUGAUCAUGGAAUUUUACGUUAUUUUCCAAAUUCAGAUAUUGAAGUCCCUAAUACAGCUAUGAACAUGAAUUCUUUAAAUACUCAACUUACUCAACUUAUAAUUUAAUGUCUAAAACAUCUAAAUCAUACCUCAAGUACCUCACUGUUUAGUAACUAUUUCAAUAAACUAUUUUGUUUGCA